GCCCGCUUGCCCGCCCGCUGGGAGCUGUCGGAGGUUGACAGGUCGUGGCAGGGAGCCGGUGGCGGCGGCACAGCCGAGUACCCAAGACGGAAGCCCCAUGGGGAACACUUCGAGUAACAGCAGUGAAGACGAAGCGGCAGCGGCCGGGGGCGAAGGUUGGGGCCCACACCAGGACUGGGCCGCCGACUCGGGCACGACCCUCGGCCCGGGCCCUGCGGCCGCCGCGCUCCCGCCCGCCGCGGCAUUGCUGGAACCCGUCCGGUUGCGCGAGGCGGCGGCCGCCCUGCGGCCCGCACCGCCCUGCGAGUCCCUUGUGUCUAGGCAUCACGGCGCGCUGUUGCGCUGGCUGGAGGAGCGGCUGGGCCGCGGUGAAGAGUCCGUCACCCUGGAGCAGUUCCGAGAGUUGCUGGAGGCUCGCGGCGCCGGCUGUUCGGGCGAGCAGUUCGAGGAGGCCUUUGCCCAAUUUGAUGCUGAGGGUGAUGGGACAGUUGAUGCAGAGAACAUGUUGGAGGCCCUCAAGAACUCCAGUGGAGCAAAUCUUCAAGGGGAGCUGAGCCAUAUCAUCAGACAGCUACAAGCCUGCUCUCUUGUUCCAGGUUUCAUCGACAUUUUCUCAGAGUCAAAGGAGGGCCUCAGUGUUCACUCGUCAAUGAUACUGCGCUUUCUGCACCGCAAUCGGAUCUCUAGCACGGUGAUUCCCUACCCGAUGUUGGACCAUUGCAAUAACAUGUGCACCAUGCGAUCUUCCGUUCUGAAGGAGUCUUUGGAUCAACUGGUUCAGAAAGAAAAGGAAAGCCCUGGAGAUCUAGCCAGAAGUCCAGAGAUAGAUAAACUCACAAAGUCAGUCACAAAGUGCUAUGCUUAUAUAGAAACAUCCUCCAAUCCUGCAGACAUCUAUAGGAUGACAAAUGGAGAAACAUCAUCUUACUGGCAGUCAGAUGGCAGUGCCCGCUCACACUGGAUUCGUUUAAAAAUGAAGCCAGAUGUUGUACUUAGGCACCUGUCCAUUGCAGUGGCUUCCACUGACCAAAGCUACAUGCCACAGCAGGUGACAGUAGCUGUGGGAAGAAAUGCCAACGAUCUCCAGGAAGUCCGAGACGUGCACAUCCCUAGCAAUGUCACUGGUUAUGUGACCCUACUGGAAAACGCCAACAUCACUCAACUCUAUGUCCAGAUUAACAUAAAGCGUUGCCUCAGCGAUGGAUGUGACACUAGGAUUCACGGUCUGAGGGCUAUUGGUUUUCAGAGAAUUAAGAAGUCUGGGGUCUCAGUCUCUGAUGCUUCUGCAAUAUGGUAUUGGUCUCUGCUGACAUCUCUGGUAACAGCCUCUAUGGAGACAAAUCCUGCCUUUGUCCAGACAGUGUUACACAAUACUCAGAAAGCACUGCAGCACAUGCCACCAUUCUCCCUUUCACCUGGAUCUGCAGACUUCUCAACCUUCCUGUCUCCCAAUGUUCUGGAAGAAGUGGACAGCUUCCUCCUAAGGAUAACCAGCUGCUGUUCUACUCCAGAGGUAGAACUGACACUUCUGGCUUUUGCACUAGCAAGAGGAAGUGUUGCCAAAGUAAUGAAGUCUCUGUGCACCAUCACUGACCACCUAGACACACAGUAUGAAGCCUCCUCCCUCAUCUCAUCCAUGGCAUCUGUCAGGCAGAAUCUGCUCCUCAAAUAUGGUAAACCACUCCAGUUGACUCUUCAGGCUUGUGAUGUCAAAGGGAAAGAAGAUAAGUCAGGACCUGAAAACCUUCUUGUGGAGCCAUGGACAAGGGAUGGUUUUCUUACAGAAACUGGAAAAAACAGAGCAAGCACUAUUUUUUCAACAGGAACUGACUCUGCGUUCCAAGUUACACAGAUCAGAAUUAUGGUUCGACGUGGAGGCAUUGGUGCCCAGUGUGGGUUGGUAUUUGCCUAUAAUUCACCUUCUGAUAAAUUUCAUGCAGAAGAGCAUUUUAAGCGGUUUGAAAAAUAUGACAAAUGGAAGCUUCAGGAACUCAGGCAAUUUGUAAAAAGCAGGAUUGGUUGCUCAUCUGAUGACCUUGGAGAGGAUGAUCCUAUUGGCUGGUUUGAGCUGGAAGAAGAGUGGGAUGAAGCUGAUGUCAAGUUGCAGCAAUGCAGAGUUGCCAAAUAUUUGAUGGUGAAGUUCCUCUGCACCCGUCAGGAGACAGCAGAUCGGUUAGGAGUACAAGGCUUGAGCAUCAGUGGAUACCUCCGGCCUGCAAGAGUGGAGACAGAGCAGAACAUCCUCUGUACCCAUUGCAGAAAGGACUCAGAGAAUGUCUGUGGGGCUACCCUGCUCCUCAAGACCCUCCAGUUCAUCCAGCAGCUCGCCCAUGACCUGGUGCAACAGAAAGAAAGUGGCUUAAAAUGUAAAUCUUUUCUGGACUUCGCGGGUCUUGAUUUGCAGAUCUUCUGGAAAUUUUACAGUAAAUUAAAGCAAAACCCAAGGGAGGAAUGCAUCUAUGCCCAGACCCUCCUGCUGCAGCUCCUACAGAGCUGCUUCUCAGUGCUGCAGGAAGAUGCACCUGCUGCCUCCGAGGAGAAGUCUACAGCCCAACACUCUGAGGGAGUGCAGGCUGCCAAGGAGCUCUACACACAUCUAUGUGAUGUGGUGGAUAGAGCUGAUGGAGAGUCCAUGCCCAUGGAAAUAUUAAAACAAGAAAUCAGAAACACCCUUCUCAAUGGGGCUGCCAUUUUCUUUCCUGAUCGACAGACUCGAAGAAACCAUCUCUUCACCAUGAUGAAGAAUGUCACCGAACAGGAACACAAGCAAUCCCUGCAGCUCACUUUCCGUUCGCUGUGCACACAUUUUAGUGAUAAGGAUCCAGGAGGCCUUCUACUUUUACCUGAGAAAAGCGACCUGACCAACACGAACAUCAGUGAAGUCCUGGCGGUCAUGAACACCCUCCUCUCUGUUGCAACUCGAGAGUGUGAGCUAUUGAUGCUCAGCGGGGCCCAUGGGGAGGUUGGCUCUGUGCUCUUCUCCCUAUUCUGGUCUGUCCAAGGCAGCCUGCUCUCCUGGUGCUACCUACAGCUGAAGAGCACGGACUCUGCAGCCAAAGAGUUGGCCACGGAUCUUAUUGAAAAAUAUGUGGGGCAGUUUCUGGCAAGCAUGAGAGUAAUUUUGGAAUCCCUUUUGUCACAGUAUAGUGGAAAAACCAUAGUAGAAAAAUUGUGUAAUUCAGUGUUUUCUAUGGCACCUCGUCAACUGGUCAUCUUCUUGCUGGACUUCUGCACUUUAGACAUUUCCCACUGCACACUCCUGAGAGAGUUCAGUGCCCUCACAGAGCUGUUGAAGAGGCUCUGCAGUGACCCUGAAGGAGGCCUAAACAAGCUGGAUGUGGAAACCUGGCAGCAGGAGCAACCUGUGGUCUUGCAUUCAUGGACCAAAGAAUCUUCCCACAACUAUGAAAAUAACUGCCAUGAAGUGUCUGUCUUCGUUAGCCCAGGGGCAACCUAUUUUGAGGUGGAAUUUGAUGAGAGGUGUGAAACUGAAAAAAGGUAUGAUUAUCUGGAAUUUACUGACUCUAGAGGUGGGAAGACACGUUACGACACAAAAGUUGGCACUUAUAAAUGGCCCAAGAAAGUGACCUUUAAGGAUGGACCUCGGCUGCAAUUCCUCUUUCACUCUGACAGCAGUAACAAUGAGUGGGGCUACAAGUUCACUGUCACUGCCUACGGUCUGCCUGAUGUUGCUGUGUCAUGGGGCUUGGACUUACAACUACUUGUCUCCCGAUUGAUGGGGCGCCUUGCCUCCCAGUGCAUGGCACUCAAAUCAGCACAUCAGCUAGGCAGUUACAUGGCAAUGCCUCAGGCGAAAAUGACUUCAGUCCUGAACUCUCCACUGUGGAAACCCAUCUUCAGGCAUCAGAUUUGUCCAGAGUUGGAAUUAGAAGCAAGCUGGCCCACUCACCCAUACCAGGAUGGGAAGGAGGUUAAGAACAUCCCUGAUGAUCCCUGCCGCCAUUUUCUGCUUGAUUUUGCCCAGUCAGAGCCUGCUCAGAACUUCUGUGGGCCAUAUUCAGAACUUUUCAAAGGAUUCAUACAGGCAUGUAGAAAACAGGCCCCAAAGACAGAUAUAGUUGCUGGUUCCACUAUUGAUCAAGCUGUGAACGCCACCUUUGCUGCUCUGGUGUAUCGCACUCCAGAUUUAUAUGAGAAGCUGCAAAAAUAUGUAAACAGUGGGGGCAAGAUAGCCCUUAGUGAGGAGUUUGCCCAGGUGUAUUCCCUGGCAGAUGGAAUUCGAAUAUGGAUGUUAGAAAUGAAGCAGAAGUCCCUGAUGAGCCUGGGGAGCGAGGCAGAAGAUAAACACUGUUUGGAAGUGGCAGAGGUGAACCCGGAGAGCCUGGCAAAAGAAUGUAUUCAGAAAAGUCUACUGUUACUAAAAUUUUUGCCCACGGGCAAAAGUUCAAAUGAGAAGUGUGACAAGGUGGUGACUGCUGAUGAAAUUGGUCAUCUCCAGCCACUUGACACGUGUCAGAGGACAAGCUCUAUAGCAGAAGAGCACUUUCAAGCCUCCACAUCUCCCACAGAAGCAAAACUCCUGACUGUGGGAGAAAAAAGUUCUGGCUUAGAGAUCCAGCCAAAGCUGCCAACCAGCAGUGGACUUCCUGCUACAGAACUAUCCACAGCUGAAGAGCCCUCCUCACCUUCCACACCUACCCGGCGGCCUCCCUUCACCCGAGGGCGACUCCGGCUGCUGUCUUUCAGAUCCAUGGAGGAGGCCAAACCUGUGCCCACAGUCAAAGAGAAAUACCCAGUUUUGAAGGAUGUCAUGGACUUCAUUAAAGAUCAGUCACUCUCACAUGAGAGUGUUGUAAAGGUUCUUUCCUUGAAGAAAGCCCAAGCCCAGAGCAUCCUUGAAGUCUUGAGGAUAAUUCAGUACUGUACAGAAUCCCUUGGACAGCCUCACUGCUUCCAUCCACCAUAUAUACUUUUCCUGUUGGAACUUCUCACCUGUCAGAAAGAUUUUACCAAUUACUUUGGACAUUUGGAAGGCUGCGGUGUUGAUCUACACAAAGAAAUACGAGACACUUACUAUCAACUUGUUCUGUUUUUGGUCAAAGCAAUUAAAGGAUUUAAUAGCAUAAAUGACAGGUCUCUGCUGCCUGCUUUAUCCUGUGUUCAGACAGCCCUGCUUCAUCUUCUGGAUAUGGGCUGGGAACCCAGUGAUCUUGCCUUCUUUGUUGAUAUUCAGUUACCAGACCUCCUCAUGAAAAUGUCACAAGAAAAUAUAAGUGUCCAUGACAGUGUGAUCAGCCAGUGGAGUGAAGAAGAUGAACUCGCUGAUGCCAAGCAGAAUUCAGAAUGGAUGGAUGAGUGUCAGGAUGGCAUGUUUGAGGCCUGGUAUGAAAAAAUAGCCCAGGAGGACCCAGAGAAGCAGAGGAAAAUGCACAUGUUUAUUGCCCGCUACUGUGACCUAUUAAACGUAGAUAUCUCUUGUGAUGGGUGUGAUGAGAUUGCCCCCUGGCAUCGCUACCGCUGUCUGCAGUGCAGUGACAUGGAUCUCUGCAAAACUUGCUUCCUAGGUGGAGUGAAGCCAGAGGGCCAUGGAGAUGACCAUGAGAUGGUCAACAUGGAGUUUACCUGUGACCACUGCCAGGGUUUGAUCAUAGGCCGGAGAAUGAAUUGUAAUGUAUGUGAUGACUUUGAUCUUUGCUAUGGAUGCUACGCAGAAAAGAAAUAUUCCUCUUGCCACCUGCCAACCCACAGCAUCACAGCCCACCCUAUGGUGACUAUUCGGAUCAGUGACCGGCAGAGGCUCAUCCAGCCCUACAUCCACAACUAUUCCUGGCUGCUCUUUGCCUCCCUGGCUCUCUAUAGUGCCCACCUGACCAGCACAGAGGAUGUGGAUGGGGAGCGACUGGACCCUCAGACCCACAGUAGUGCUGCCACCCUACGGAGUCAGUGCAUGCAGCUUGUUGGGGACUGUCUGAUGAAGGCUCACCAAGGCAAAAGCCUUAAAGCUCUAGCUCUUCUGGGUAUAUUGCCAGAUAGUGACUCCACCUCAGAAAAUCAGGCCUUACCAGCCAUGACACCCACCCAGUCAUCAGAGGAGCAGCUAGAAAAGAAAGCUUUCCAGCUUGCAGAAAAGCCAGCAGAGGCUGCCCCAUUCGUGCACUGCAAUGGAAAAGGAGCUGCAGAUACAGAAGUCAGACCCUUGGAUGAUAAGCAGAGAGAGGAGGCAGGUGAAGGUUUCUCGUUAAUGAGGAGUCCUUCAUGCCAGACCCAAACUUCAGAUGCACCUGCAAAUGCUCAAAUGCGUCCAGGACUUCCAGAUGCAGAAAAUUCUGAAGUAUCAUCACAGGAGCCAAUAAAGGAAAAGGCGAUUACUCCAAACCCUGAACAAGUGUUUGCAGAGUGUUCCCAGAAGAGGAUUUUGGGAUUGCUAGCAGCCAUGUUACCUCCUAUCAAGAUGGGUCCUACAGUCCCCCUGGUAGACCUGGAGCACGUCCUCCCACUCAUGUUUCAGGUUGUCAUCUCCAACGCGGGCCAUCUGAAUGAGACCUACCACCUUACCCUGGGACUUCUUGGCCAGUUAAUCGUCCGUCUUUUACCAGCAGAGGUGGAUGCUGCAGUGAUCAAGGUCCUCUCAGCCAAACACAACCUGUUCACUGCAGGCGACAGUGCCAUUGUGCCAGAUGGCUGGAAGACCACUCAUCUGCUCUUCAGCCUGGGAGCUGUGUGCCUGGACAGCCGAGUGGGCUUAGACUGGGCCUGUUCCAUGGCAGAGAUUCUCCGAUCACUCAACAAUGCCCCACUGUGGCGAGACGUCAUUGCCACCUUCACAGACCACUGCAUCAAGCAGCUGCCAUUCCACCUGAAGCACACCAACAUCUUCACCCUGCUGGUGCUUGUUGGCUUUCCCCAGGUCCUCUGUGUGGGAACCCGCUGUGUGUAUAUGGAUAAUGCCAAUGAACCCCAUAAUGUGAUCAUCUUGAAGCACUUUACGGAGAAGAAUAGAGCUGUAAUUGUUGACGUCAAAACCAGGAAAAGGAAAACAGUGAAAGAUUACCAGCUGGUCCAGAAAGGAGGAGGACAAGAAUAUGGCAACUCUCAGGCCCAGCUGAGCCAGUACUCUCAGCACUUUGCCUUUAUCGCCAGUCACCUUCUUCAAGCCAGCAUGGACAGCCACUGUCCUGAGGCAGUGGAAGCAACUUGGGUCCUGUCCCUGGCCCUCAAAGGUUUAUAUAGAACACUAAAGGCUCACAAUUUUGAAGAGAUGCAUGCCACCUUCCUUCAGACUGAUCUGCUCAAGCUACUGGUGAAGAAGUGCAGCAAAGGGACCGGCUUCAGCAAGACAUGGCUCCUGCGGGACCUGGAGAUCCUGUCCAUCAUGCUGUAUUCCUCAAAAAAGGAGAUCAGCACUCUGGAUGAGCAUGGAGACCUCGAGCUGGAUGAGCGAGGAGACCAAGAAGAAGAGGCGGAACGGCCAAUCAGCAGCCCUGGGGAACAGGAGCAGAAAAAGCUAGACCCUCUUGAAGGCCUCGACGAGCCCACCAGAGUAUGUUUCUUGAUUGCUCAUGAUGCCCUCAAUGCCCCUUUGCACAUUCUUCGGGCCGUAUAUGAACAGCAGAUGAAAAAGACGGACUCUUUUUUCCUGGAGGUUCAGAAGAGGUUUGAAAGCGAUGAGCUCACCACUGAUGAGAAAAUAUGCUCCUUGGCACAGAAAUGGCAGCCCAGUAGGAGUCUGAGGCUGGAAGAGCAGAGUGCCAAAGCUGUGGACACGGACAUGAUUAUCUUGCCAUGCUUGUCCCGGCCUGCUCGCUGUGACCAAGCUACUGCUGAAUCUAACCCUGUGACCCAGAAGCUGAUUUCCAGUACAGAGAGUGAGCUGCAGCAGAGCUAUGCCAAGCAGCGCCGGAGCAAGAGUGCUGCCCUCCUGCAUAAGGAGCUGAACUGCAAAAGCAAGAGGGCUAUUCGGGACUACCUCUUCAGAGUGAAUGAGGCCACAGCUGUCUUGUAUGCACGUCAUGUGCUCGCCUCCCUGCUUGCCGAGUGGCCAGGGCAUGUUCCAGUGAGUGAGGACAUCCUGGAGCUAAGCGGCCCUGCCCAUAUGACCUACAUUUUGGAUAUGUUCAUGCAGCUGGAAGAAAAGCACCAGUGGGAGAAGAUCCUGCAGAAGGUGCUCCAGGGCUGCCGAGAGAACAUGCUGGGGACCAUGGCUUUGGCUGCCUGCCAGUUCAUGGAGGAGCCAGGAAUGGAAGUGCAAGUGAGGGAAUCAAAACACCCAUAUAACAACAACACCAGCUUUGAGGAUAAAGUUCACAUUCCUGGUGCAAUCUACCUCUCAGUCAAAUUUGAUCCUCAGUGCAAUACAGAGGAAGGCUGUGAUGAACUAACAAUGUCUAGCAGUAGUGACUUUCAACAAGAUCGACACAAUUUCAGUGGGUCUCAACAGAAAUGGAAAGAUUUUGAACUUCCAGGAGACACUCUGUAUUACCGAUUUACCUCUGACAUGAGCAACACCGAGUGGGGCUACAGAUUCACUGUAACAGCUGGACACCUGGGGCGCUUCCAGACAGGCUUUGAGAUUUUGAAGCAGAUGUUGUCUGAAGAAAAGGUUAUACCUCACCUUCCAUUGGCCAAGAUCUGGGAAUGGCUAGUGGGUGUGGCCUGCCGCCAAACUGGUCAUCAGCGACUAAAAGCCAUCCACUUGCUUCUGAGGAUUGUGCUGUGCUGCACCCACAGUGACCUCUGUGAUCUUGCGCUGUUGAAGCCCCUGUGGCAGCUCUUUACCUACAUGGAGUAUGGCCUGUUUGAGGAUGUGACACAGCCUGGCAUCCUCCUGCCCCUGCACCGUGCCCUCACAGAACUCUUCUUUGUUACUGAGAACCGUGCCCAGGAGCUUGGCCUGCUGCAAGAGUACCUGCUGGCCUUAACUACCGAGGACCACCUUCUCCGCUGUGCAGCACAGGCUCUGCAGAAUAUUGCUGCCAUCAGCCUGGCCAUCAACUACCCAAACAAAGCCACCCACCUCUGGAAUGUUGAGUGUUAGCCUCAGAGUGGCAUGCAUGGACCCACUAAUCUGUCCAUAGGGGUUUAGAGCAGACCUCCAGCCUUGUUCAGGAAACCUCUGUGGCCUCCUAGCCCAGCUCUCUUCGACCCAACCCUUUUCUCCCCUCCCAUUCGGAUGCCAAGCAACUGCCUCUCCAAGAAGGCCCCAUGUGCAGGCUCCACACAUGCCCAGACCAUCACACAUGCGAGAAGCAUAGCCAUGCAGAGUGACUCAGAAAGGGCUUCAAGGAGGCCAUUGGGGUCCACUUCCUCCAGGGAAGUCUCUGGAAGGGUACUGUCUCCACUGAACUGGAGCCACCUACACUUGCCGUCAGGUAAGGCACUGUCCACUUAGAGCAGCCUUCUUAUUGAGACCUGCAGCUCACAGCAACAGUAGCCUGGCUGGGAACCCAAGCCAAGCUACAACCAUCUCGAGCACCUCCCAACCACCUAUGAUCCCCAAGCAGUCAGCACAUGACAGAUGUCAGCUAGCAAUUCCUUGGUAAGAACAAGUGCCCUUGGGAACAGCCAGCAGACUGCCCUGCACGUCACCCCCACAGUGGCUCCAAGCAUGCAUGUCUGCAGUUCUUCAGUUUUAAUAUGUUUUGGUUUCCCCCUUGUGUUUUUAGAAGAGAAUCACACUUAACUUUCAAGUGGGCCCCUGGAAUACCUAGGGACAAACUGGUAUGUAAAAGUGGCAGAAGUGGAUGGAUUCUGGUUUCUGCCCCUCAGACCAAAAUUGCUCUCAGGAGUUCUUGUUUUAAGAGUCAAACCCCACCUGAUUUUAUUUCUGCUCCAAGGUCUUGGUGAUCGAUCACACCUGCCACCUUUGGCCUCUGUGUGACUAUUUAACCAUCACCUGCCUAGCAAUAACUACAUUAGUUUCAGUGAAUGCUGUUUUACAUUUUUCUAUGUAUGGUUUUAGCCUCCCCCUGAAGUUCUGGCAAGGAGUCUUUUUCCAGAGCUGCACGCAGAGUGGGAAUCUGGUUUGGUAUGUCUGCCAUGGACCAGCUGAGGGACUUAAGCAAUGAAGAAUGCCUGAGGCGCCUGCUGUUUAAAGGCAGGUAUCUAGCCAGAGGCACAUCCCUUCUUCAAGGUCCAGCCCAAGGAAGGCUCAUCACAGCCAGGGCCAAACUUGACCAGUUGGCAUUGUCAUAUCCCUGGUACACUCCUUGGCCUCUGAAGACUCCUCUGGGGGGUGUGCGGGGGUCUGGAAUGGCAGAGCCUGCAGGUCUGGAAACAUCUGGCAAAGAUGCUCUUCCAUCUGGUGCAGCACCUGCACAGCCCUAGAAUGAGGUUUUCAGCCACAGGCUCCAGGGCUUAAGCAAAGGUUAUAGAGUAAGAGGGGUGGGGUCCAUAGAAGAUAGGAAAAAAGGGAGUGGCUAACUUCCAGUCAUCAAAGAGGGUCUGGCCUAGCUCCUGUAGGUUUUGACAUAUAAAGGCAGAUAGUGCUGGCUUAGAGAAAAUGAAACCUCUUUCCCUCCUUGCUCUUUGCCAAAGUCUUCUUGCUUUGCAAGCUGCCUACACCCUAGCGAAGGCCAUGUUACAUGCCACUCCACUCCAAGUUGGUCUGAGAGAGGAGUUUCCCCAGGUGGGAAUCAGAGCAAGGCUCAGUGUUUGGUGAAGAGGCCUCACUGUAGGCUCAGACCCUGUAACAGUUGGAAGAUGGAUGAGGAGAUGGCACAGCCACACCCUCUGCACUUCACACCAACUGAGUCAAGUGGGUCAGACAUGCAGAGAAGAGCUGGAGGCCUUCCUCAGGACACUGACCACCAGCUCUCCUCCUGUCGUCGUCCCCCCCCAUCAAGAAGAGCAAUUGUAAAUAGAUGCUGGACUCCUCAUAGCUUCCCCCACUCAGCACCUUUGCUGUUUUGGUGACUGUGCUUCAGUUUGCAUAGAACCAGCCUGAGUUUUCCCUCAUUAUCCCCUCCUCCACCCCCUUGCUGUCUGGCAGGGCCCCUCCUAGCCUGGCUGCUCUGCAGCCAACACCACCUCUUCUUCAGGUCACUGGGUGGCACUGCUGAGCCAGACCCUCUCCCAACUGACCCCAGCCCCAGGCAGUGGGAUCCCAAAGGAUUUCCAUCAAGACCAACAUCCCAUUGACCUGUCCUAGGAGGCAAAACUGCCUGGAACAGGACAAAGCUGGCAGGAAUAAGGGGUCGUGGAAACAUGUGCCUAAUCUAUAAAGAAUUCUGUUCCAAAUCAUAUAUAUUGUAUAGACACUGUUCUAAUGAGAGGAGUGACUUAUUUUCAUCAUCGUUUUUAAUUUGUUUUCUUACGGGUUUACAAUUUUGGAUUUUUCUUAUUUGGUUGAUAGAAGGAAUUUUGAUUAUAUCAGCUGAGUGAGUUCAGCCUGUAAAAAGGAUGUUUUAAGUUGUGGAUAAGAUAUGCAAAUGAAGAGAAAUAUAUUGCACAAAUUCUAUAUAAAAAAGUACAACUGUGUGUGGAA